UGUGAAACUAGCAAAUAGUUGCUGGGGCUGGAGAGAUGGCUCAGCUGUUAAAGGCUAGGCUCAUAACAAAAAGAAAGAAAGAAGGAAAGAAAGAAAUUAAAAAUAGGGAAAAUUAAAACAGAUGCUGAGCCAUAAACUAUUGUAAAGGAAGAUCUUCCUGGUAGUAAGGUUUACAUUUAAAGUUUAUUGGUGGUGGCUCACAAUUAUCUGUAACUCCAGUCCCAAGGGACUCAAUACCCUUUUCUGGCAUAGACAGACAUGCAGGCAAAAUGCUUAUGCACAUAAAAUAAAAAAAAAUUUAAAAAGCUCAUUGGUUAGUGAUGGUACAGCCAUGCCAGUGAAUACUGUUAUUGUAGGAAGCGCGUGCUAACAUAGUCCAGGCUGUGUUUUCAAAUUUUCUCUACAGAACAAGCAUGACAGAGGAAACACGAUGGAGGACUGUGGCUAGAUAGACUAGUGGGCAUUGUUCUCUCAGUUACUAUUUGAAUUUUGUCAGAUGGACUAUAUGGGAAGAGCAUUGGAGAAGGGUCUCUUCAUGACAUAUUUACAGAUUUGUAUAUGAGUCUCAAAGACGAUCUCAAGUGCAUAAUGCUCAUCGCCCCCGCGGAAGCCAUCACUCACCCACUCAUCUUGUGCUACUGCUGCUGUGAAAGCACACCUUAAUGCUGCUUUAGUGGCGAACUUCUGUUUUACAAAAAACACAUUCUUUGCUUUAAGGUUAUGGUUAAAAUAAAUUUCAGAGGUGACCCAUCUUGGGUUUGAGGUUUGUUUUAUUUUUCCCUGGUUAUAUAUACUUUUAAUAAUCGUGACAAAUUUUAAUGUGGAAAUUUUGUUUUGAGAGUAAAGGUGCAGGGGCUAGACAGAUUGAUUGCUCAGAGGUUAAGAGCAUAGGCAACUGUUCUAGAGGUCCUGAUUUCAAUUCCCAGCAACUGCAUGGUGACCAAAACCAUCUAUAGUAUGAUCUGGUGCCCUCUUUUGGCGUGCAGGCACACAUGCAGACAGAACACUGUAUACAUAAUAAAUAAGAAAAUAAAUCUUUUUUAAAAAAGAAUAAAGCUACAAAUGACAAAAUACACUAUCAAUGAAAAUGCUUGUGUCUUUCCAAAAUGCAUAUAAUUUUAAACUUCAUUUAAAAGAAUACUUAAGAAUGCACUGGUGUGUAAUUUUUGCUAAUUCAUAUAUUUCAUUAGUGUUAUUAACUGUGAAGCUAAAAGCAGAGGAAGGCUUAAGCAGGGUGAGAAGGUGAUGCUAGAGCAAGGCCCGAGUGCAAGGGAGUAGCCUCAAGUGUGAGUCAACUAGCACAGCAAGCUAGUGUAUAGAGCAUGGUGGCAUGAGGAGCAAUUGAAUAAAAUCGGGACCUGGAAGUGUACCUCAGUGGCAAAGCGUCUCCUGUGCAUAAGGCCCUAGUUCAGUUUCCAGCAUCUCAAAAGCACCGAAUGCAGUGACUUCAAAUAAGACCUUUGUAAUUACAUGUCUAGAACUGCAGUGCUCACACUGACUUGGCCAUAAGCUUAAAUUUUUUAUCUGCUAAUAAAUUAAGUAAAUGUUUAUUGAAAUUUUUUCUCUUUGAGGGAAAUUUUAUCUAUACUCUUAAAUUCCUUAAAAAAAAAAAAAAAAAAAACAAAACUGCAGUAUGAAAAGAAAAGGCAGGCUAGAGAGAUGUCUCAGCUGUUAAAGGCUAGGUUCACAGCCACAAAGAAAAGCAUUCUGCAGGGCUAGAGAAAAGGCUCCGCAGUUGAACGCACACAGGACUUGGGUGUGGUUCCUAGCACCCACAUGGCAGAUCACAAGAUCUGUUUCUUCAGUGCAGGGGAUCCAAUGCCCUCUUCUGGCCUCUGAGAAUACUGCUUGCAUGUAACAUACAGACAUGGACACAAGCAAAACAGUACCACAUAAGAACUUAAAAAGUAAUAGUAAUAAAAAUCAGUUAAAGAAUGUUUUUUAAAAAUCUACAAAGUUAAAGUAGCACAGAAGUGGCCACAACUUCUGUGGGUCUGGUAUAGUUUCUCUAUAACUAUUAGUUUAGUUUUGGUUUUCUUUUGCCUGUAACAAUAGUAAUUAUUCUUUUAACUUCUCUUUUGUGGUGUUUCCCGUAAAUUUUGAGCUACUAUAUGACCGCAUUUGUUGACUUUGAGUCUGCUCUUAUCGGCAUGAAUUGCGUGUCAUGAUCAAGUGCUGGUGUCGUUUCCACUCAGGCAGCCCAUCCGAACAUGCGGACCUAUUAUUUCUGCACUGACACAGGGAAGGAGAUGGAGCUGUGGAUGAAGGCCAUGUUAGAUGCUGCCCUGGUGCAGACAGAGCCUGUGAAAAGAGUGGACAAGAUUACAACUGAAAGUGCAUCAACUAAAGAAACCAAUAACAUCCCCAACCACAGAGUUCUCAUUAAACCAGAGGUCCAAAACAACCAGAAAAAUAAGGAAAUCAGCAAAAUUGAGGAAAAAAGGGCCUUAGAAGCUGAGAAAUAUGGAUUUCAGAAGGAUGGCCAAGAGAGACCAUUAACAAAAAUUAACAGUGUGAAGUUGAACUCUCUGCCCUCGGAAUAUGACAGUGGGCAAGCCUGCCCACCUCAGAACGUGCACUAUAGACCCAUCAAUGUGAAUAGUUCAGAUGGCAAAGCAGUGAACGUCAGCUUGGCAGAUGUCCGGGGUGGGAGUCACCCAAAUGCAGGACCCCUGGCCACAGAAGCUGAUCGAGUCCUUCAGAGAACGAACUCAAUGCAGCAGCUGGAGCAGUGGAUUAAAGUCCAGAAAGGACGGAGUCUUGAAGAAGAGCCCCGAGGAGUAAUUUCUUAUCAAACAUUGCCAAGAAAUAUGCCAAGCCACCGAGCCCAGAUUGUGGCCCGCUACCCUGAAGGUUACCGAACACUCCCAAGAAACAACAAGAUCAGGCCUGAGAGCAUUUGCAGUGUGGCACCUUCUGGCCAUGAGAAGGCUGGGCCCGGAACAGAAGAGAAGCGGCGGUCCAUGAGGGAUGACACCAUGUGGCAGCUGUAUGAGUGGCAGCAGCGCCAGUUUUACCACAAGCAGAGCACCCUCCCUCGGCACAGCUGCCUGAGCAGCCCCAAGGCCAUGGGGAAGCCUCCUGACCAGACGAUGCACUCCAUCCCCACAUCACCUUCCCAUGGGUCUGUAGCUGCUUACCCGGGAUUCUCCCCGCCACGAACAUAUAGGUCAGAAGUGUCCUCGCCCAUCCAGAGAGGAGAUGUCACGGUAGACCGCAGGCACCGGGCGCAUCACCCUAAGCAUGCCUAUGUACCUGACAGAAGGUCAAUGCCAGCUGGCCUGGCCUUAGCGGCUGUUAGUCCCCAGAGCCUCCAAGGCAGAACGAAUGAAAUUCUUUCACAUCAUCUUCAAAGGAACACCAUAUAUUUGGAUCAUCAGCUGUCACAAGAUGAAUGUAGAGGCCCAUUGUACAAAUACAGACCCGAAGAAGUAGAUAUUGAUACCAAACUGAGCAGAUUGUGUGAACAGGAUAAAGUGGUCCGCGCCCUGGAGGAGAAGCUGCAGCAGCUCCACAAGGAGAAAUACACACUCGAGCAGGCCUUGCUGUCUGCCAGCCAGGAGAUAGAGAUGAAUGCAGACAACCCAGCCGCCAUCCAGACAGUGGUGCUGCAGAGGGAUGACCUGCAAAACGGACUGCUGAGCACGUGUCGAGAACUCUCCCGAGCCACUGCUGAGCUGGAACGAGCCUGGAGAGAAUAUGACAAGUUAGAAUAUGAUGUGACUGUCACCAGGAACCAGAUGCAGGAGCAGCUUGAUCGCCUUGGGGAAGUGCAGAGCGAAUCGGCAGGGAUUCAACGGGCACAGAUUCAAAAAGAACUUUGGAGAAUUCAAGAUGUCAUGGAGGGCUUGAGCAAACAUAAACAGCAAAGAGGCUCCUCAGAAACAGUAGGUCUGGCAGGAUCAAUGCCUUUCUCAGCAGCUAAGUACAAAAGCGAGGGUCCAGAUUAUAGACUCUACAAGAGUGAGCCAGAGUUGACCACAGUAGCUGAAGUUGAUGAAUCUAACGGAGAAGAAAAGUCAGAACCGGUUUCUGAGACGGAAGCUCCAGUUGUUAAAGAGGACCUAGGUUCGGUACCCAGCGCCCACAUCAUGCAACUCACAGCCACCUGUAAUUCCAGCUCCAGGAGAUUCCAACAUCCUCUUCUGGCCUCCACGAGCACUGGUUCCCACUUUCCAGUUGGAGUUCCUCUGAGAACGAUGUCACCCCCACCGGAAUCCUCGACAAUAGCUUCCUAUGUGACCUUGAGGAAGACGAAGAAGGUGGAGCUAAGAACGGAAAGACCGAGAAGCGCAGUGGAACAGCUGUGUCUGGCUGAGAGCGUUCGGCCUAGGAUGACCGUGGAAGAGCAAAUGGAGAGGAUAAGGAGACACCAGCAGGCCUGCCUGCGGGAGAGGAAGAAGGGACUGAGUGUCAUCAGUGCUUCCGACCAGUCUCCCUUACAGAGUCCCUACCCUGUGCGGGACAAUCCUUUCAGGGUCACUCAGACUCUGAGGAGGGAGGAUACUGUUCAGGAGCUAGACACCAUCCACAGAGAAAAUGAUGGAAAGCCAGACCAUGAAACUCCGGCAGCAGAAACUGUUGUACUAGAAGAAGCUGAACCGCGGAAGGUGAAACUCGGCAGAAAGCUUCAAAGAACUGAAAGUGUUUUUUAUGAAAUGCUUUACACGCCUGAGCCAAAUGGAAUGAAUUCUGAGGGGGUGACGGACAAAGAAAGGCAUGAAGGUCAGGCACUUGAAGAUGUUCCCUGCAGCCCUCAAGAAGAGGCGGGGAUGACAAACCACCAGGCAGAAGGCCACCCAGAAGAAGUAGAGAGCCAUCAUGAAGAGGAGGAAACUCUUGCUUCUCUGGAGCCGACUCCUGAGAUUCCUAGAGAGAACCAAACCACAGUGAAAAGUCUGUCCCCGUCUCCUGAGUCCUCCACGUCACCAGAUCCGCCCUCUCCGCCAAAGCUCACAGAAGGAUCGCAUUUCAUGUGUGUGUAGUCUCAGAACUGCACUGACUCUUGAGAGCACACAGAGCUGAAGCUGUGGACCCUCAGCGAUGGAAGAAGAUGUUGUACAGUAUACCUUAAAUCUAUGAAAUUCAUAGUUCUGAUGCUUCUGACCUCAGAGCAUCGUUUUAUCACCUUUGGAAAAUGUUUAUUCCAAAAUAGCUUUAAUGGCCCAUCCGUGCACUCCGUAGUCUCAAGGUCACCAUCCUCCACCAGUGCUGCUGUAAGUUCAGAGCAUACCAGUCCAGGUGCUUUCUCCCUCGCGCUCCAUCCAGAGCUUGCUUAGUUGCAGUUCCCAGAUUCGGAUGCAUAAGUCUAGGUGAAUUUACGUUGCUUUGGCUUUUCCGCAAAGCUAUACUUUCGUGUGAAGCUUGUUUUCUUUCCUUCUUUUUCUUCCCAUUUUGGCUACUGCAGUACUUUGUUUGACACUUGAUUUGUAAAAAUUUUAUAUAAAUAUAUUUAAAAUGUGCCAUUUUAUUACUGCUAAGUGAAGUAUGUCCUGUUUUAUGCUCUAAUUCUUCCUCGGUCAGAUUGCACCGUCAGCGGUUACUGCCACACUCUGUCAGCUUCAACACAAAUGCUACUGCUUAGCUUUUCUUUAAAAAGCAAAACAAUUACAAGUGUAGGUAUUUUGAAGUACUGGACUUUUACGUCAUUGGAAUAGAUGUGUACAGCAAUAAGCAGGCUUUUAGAUCCAGUACUUGGUCUGUGUACAGAUGUAAUUAUGUUCAUUGUGUAGAUGUUAUACAAUGAGCACAUGUAAUAAAGGCUGCUUACUAUAGUUUAAUGCAAAUGUUCAUAUCUCAUUUCUUUUUUAUCAUGUUAAAUAAAUGUUGAUGUUCUUAAA